AUGGGCAUUUGCAUGUCGAGCGCAGACAACCAGGAUGCCGAGCAGAAGAAGCGCAGCCAGGCCAUCGACCGGAAGCUCGAGGAGGACUCGCGCCGAUUACGGCGAGAAUGCAAGAUCCUCCUGCUGGGCUCUGGCGAGAGCGGCAAGUCUACCAUCGUCAAGCAGAUGAAGAUUAUACACCAGAACGGUUACACCCAAGAAGAGCUCGCAAUGUACCGUUUGACCAUAUAUAAGAACGUAAUCGACUGUGCAAAAGCUCUCAUCGGUGCCAUGCAUCAGUUCGAAAUCUCACCAAGCGACUCCAGCAAUGAGGAAUACUGCCGAUAUCUGCUCGAUUAUACUGUCGACCCUGAUCCAGAGAAGCCCCUCGAUAUACGGGUGGGACAGGCGAUAACCUCAGUCUGGCGAGAUCCAUGCGUGUCAAAAGUCCUGGAACAUUCAAGCGAGUUCUACCUGAUGGACUCUGCGCCAUAUUUCUUCGACGAAGUGAAUCGCAUAGCCGACCCCAAUUACAUCCCGAUCGAGUCCGACGUCCUGCGCGCGCGUACCAAAACGACGGGUAUCUACGAGACACGGUUCACCAUGGGCCAGUUGUCAAUACACAUGUUUGACGUGGGUGGCCAACGGAGCGAGCGCAAGAAAUGGAUACACUGUUUCGAAAACGUCACAUCUAUCAUCUUCUGCGUGGCAUUGAGCGAGUAUGACCAGGUUUUGCUGGAAGAAAGCUCUCAGAAUCGAAUGAUGGAAAGUCUGGUGCUGUUCGAUUCAGUCGUCAACAGUCGGUGGUUCAUGAGGACAAGCAUCAUCCUCUUCUUGAACAAAGUGGAUCUAUUUAAGGCCAAGCUCGCGCGCUCACCACUAGGGAACUAUUUUCCCGACUACUCCGGAGGUAAUGAUGUGAACCGCGCGGCGAAGUAUUUGCUCUGGAGAUUCAACCAAGUGAACCGAGCGCACCUCAACUUGUACCCACACCUCACACAGGCCACCGAUACAUCGAAUAUCCGGCUCGUCUUCGCUGCUGUGAAAGAGACCAUAUUGCAAAAUGCCCUAAAAGACUCGGGCAUUCUGUAA